UUGGCGCCGGGGGACGCGAUCGAGGAGCCGGCAGCCAGGGCGAUGCCCCGGGGCGGACCUCGGCAUCUGGAAUCCGUGCUCAGAUUGCCGGUCGCUGCCGCGUCGAAUCCAGGCAUUGAUCAGCUCCAGGGAAUUCCGGCGUCAUCUGGCGCAUCGGAUGUGAAAGGGGCCGAUUGCCGCUCCUCCUUUGUUCUUGCUCCACUAGGAUGCGGGAUCGGAUCGUCUGGCGCUUGCAGCUUCUAUGGAUCGAAGCAGCAGCAAGAAGCUCAGUAGUAAAGAGAAGAAAUUGAAGAGGAAAGAGGAACUUGAUCGGAAGAAGGCGAUUGAUGAAGUUAUCCGGAUGGCUUACGCCAAGGAGGAUCACUUGAGCGAGUUCCCGGCCUUCUUGACUUACCAGAGGAGCGGAUUGAACCUGAUCAUGCAGCCGCAGUCUGGAGAGACUUUGCCUGCUCCGCUGAAACGUUAUAUCCAAGCCCUCCUCAAGGAAAACAUGGAAGGACCUUACGGCUCAGAGUGGCCAGCGGAGGAGAAAGUGAAGAAGCGGGAAAUGGUUGCUUCCGAGGCUCGAUACAUAAUUGUUCGGCAACUGGUGGAGGAUCCUGAAAAGCACGAUGGACUCUGGAGAGACGGCGGUGACCCCGUGGUGUCUUUUGUGCAGUUUCGGUUCCUCAUCGACGAGGAAAUCCCGGUGCUGUAUGUGUACGAGCUGCAGCUCGAGAAGUGCGUCCAGAAGAAAGGCCUUGGAAAAUUUCUCAUGCAACUCCUCGAGCUGGUUGCGCGAAAGAACAACAUGAAGGCAGUGCUUUUAACCGUUCAGAAGAGAAAUCUUGCGGCCAUGGCCUUCUAUUCCAAGCUGAAGUACGUGGUCUCCAGCAUCUCGCCUUCAAGAGUCGAUCCACUGAUUGGAGCUGAAAAGAACUACGAAAUUUUGUGCAAGACGUUCGAUCCAGAAGCGAAGGCAAAGCUGGAGGUACGUAAAAUAAAACUCGAUCGAUCGAUCGAAAACGCAGCGCUUUAGAUGAUUUCGUUCUCUCUUGGCCUAACGUUUUCUCUCUUUUUUCUGGCUCGUUCGUCGUUUGGUUUUGUCAUCUUCCAGGAUGCAAGCUGAGAUUCUUUUGCAGGGAUUUGUAGCUAUUCAAAUUCAAUAUUCCAUUUAUUUUUCACUGUUUUCAA